UUUGCGUCAGAUAUUGUUCGUUGAAAGAAAAUUUCGCAGUUGGAAAAACGUGUAAUUCUUUUCACGAAUCCUCUCAUCCAGUUCUAACCUCGUCGUAUCUGGCCUGCUGUUUUGUUGCUAAUGAAUUCAACAAAACAAUCAUCGAUUUCCUUUUCGACCAUUCUGCUGGCUAUCAUUUUCGCCGUUAUAAGGGAAUCUCAUGAAGAAUCAACCCCUCGACCGGCGCCAGACAAAGGCCAAAAUGUUUGCGCCUUUGAAAAAACAAGACCGCAGUUAGUGUUACGGAGAAAUGCAACCACUGUGAAAAAAGUUAAAAUUGUCGAUUGUGGAAUUUUUUCUUUCCCUAAACUCCAAUGUAAAGAAGAAAGUACUGAAACCAAAAUUUACUGGUACCCAGUUCGCAAAAUUAUUCAUUUUAACAUGUACGAUUGUUGUCCGGGGUGGAUUGGAUAUGAAUCCAAAGUAGGAUGCAAGAAACGUGUUCCUUGUGGCGUCGCCAUCCCUCAGAAGGUUCCACUCCAUUGCCAUGAAAGCAGAGGAAAAGACAUUGAAAAACACCGAGGACUUUACAAACUGGGUCACGUGAAAAACCUCCCAUUCCCCAUGAGUGACAUUAAUGCUUAUCUCUUGAUCAAUCUUACGCUAUCGGACCCUUUCACGGAAACGUGGAUGAAGCUUUAUGGCUACAUGUUAAAGAAAAACCUGGCACUUAUCCAGAACUAUAGGAAAAUGAACCAAAAAAAUUUCACCAAGAUCUCUGACUAUGAACAAGUUUAUCACUUCUUUCUCAAACAACAACAAAAUGAAGAAAUGGUUCGCCCGUUUUUCCGAUUUCCCUCUCAAGAAGAACCCUUCAAAAGCGUUGUCAACAAUGUCACGUGGCGAGAAGACCGUGUGUUUACUGAACAGCGGUUAGCCGGCCUCAAUCCUAUGUCACUAAUGAAAGUUACCACUGGUCAAGAUCCUAUUGGAGUCAAAUGGUUAGAUCUUGAAAAACGUUUGAAUUCAAACUACGACUGGAACGGCGCAGUCUCGAGAGGUCUGGGAAAAAACACCUUGAUACAAGACGCUAUCACCGAUGGAUCUCUAUUUGUUGUACAGUACCCGGCCUUUGACAACCUUUCCACCGUGCCAGACAUCACAGAGCCCAGGCCCACGCGGAAAAUGUGGCCCGCAAUGUCUCCAAUAGCAUUGUUUGUCUCACGUUCAGGAGGAAAAGGUAGACCUGCGCAGUUACAACCAGUGGCUAUUCAGGUCGAUUCUAAACCAGGCUCCCCAGUGUAUUCUCCGGAAGAUGGUGACCUGUGGGCUCUUGCCAAAGCGGGCUUUCAAGUCACAGAUUUUGCUUAUGUAGAGAUGGUGGAACAUUUACUGAAAACUCACCUCGUGAUGGAGCCAUUUUGUGUGUGCAUUCUGAGACACCUUUCAACACUGCACCCCUUGCACCAACUACUAAAAUAUCACUGCAGGGGCUUACUACCUACCAACAAAGUGGGAUUUCCUAAACUAAUUGACGAUCAAGCAUACAUGCAUCAGUUGUUUGCUAUUGGUAAUACUGGUUCUGUUACCCUAUUGGUACGCGCAUAUCAGACCUUGACCUGGGCCGAUACUAACUUCCGGGCCAAGAAUAAGGCCCGUGGCAUCGACGACCGAAAAAAAUUGCCGUAUUUUCCGUACAGAGACGACGGAGAAGUAAUUUAUAAAGCUAUGGAAGAUCUCGUCAAGGACUACGUCAAUUUUUAUUACUCCGCUGACAGCGAUGUACUGGAGGAUCACGAAGUGCAAGGUCUCGCUAACGAGAUGUCACCUGAGGGGGUGGGGAAAGAAGGCGGAAAAGGAAAGUUGCGCGGUUUUCCAGCCCAAAUAACCACAAAAGCAAUACUGGUUGACAUUGUGACACGUCUCAUCUGGACUUCAACCGCUCAACAUACUGCUGUCAAUUAUCCAAUCUCGGCGUACGGAGCAUUCACCCCAAACAUGCCCACGAAGAUGUACGACGAUGACCGAGUACCCGACGACAAAUUCAAUGCCUUACGAUUGCCGAAUAGCUAUGUUUCAGCAGUUCAAGCCGGAGUUGCCAUGAGCUUGGGUUCUCUUCGUAUCGACCGUCUGUUCGAUUAUGGAGGCAGACUCCCGGAGCAAGGUGGUAGAGUAAUUGUCCAAAAACACUACAACCGACUUCACUCUGUGAUCAAACCCCUCCUGGACAAUAGAAAUACAGAAAGAUUUCGGGAGGGGUACCUCACAUAUCCGUACCUGAGCCCAGCCUGGAUACCAAACAGCAUUUGCACCUAAAUCAUUUCCCAACAGAUAAUUUUUAAUUCCCUUCGGUAUUUGCGUGUGGAGUACAGAGGAAAUUUAACAUCGAUAUCCGAAACCAUGCUCUGAAGAAGUGGCUUAGGAUUUGCAAAAGGAGUUAUUUUGAUCAAUGACGGAAGACUCCGGGCAGUGUUCAUUUUGUAAAGAAAUUCUUUCAGAGCGAGUAAAAUUUUGAGUUGUAAGGAGCUACAUGCUACUGUCUUAGUUAUUUUAGCAGCCCUCUAGACCCAUCAAAUGAUAGUUUGCCGGGGAAAACAAACACCUAAGCGCUUAGAUUGAACCCAAAAGUUAAUAAUGAAACAGAAUCCGCAUAGAGACAAUGAACAAUUUUCAGUAGACAAACUUUUCAUGUUUAAAUGAUAGUCGAUGGACGUUCUCACUAUGAAUUACAAAAUGCCUGAAUGGUUCGGGAAUUUUCUAAUUUUUAUGCGACAUUCAAAGGGAGUCAUCUCUUUAGAAUCGUCUCAAACAUUCAUAGGGGCAUUUUUCAAAGCAUGGUUCUCGGUGCUCUCUCUCUCUCUGCCUCCCUAUCUGUACAGUAAACUAAAAAAUUCCCUCACUGACAAGAUGAUCAAAUUAAGUUUUGUCAGAGGUUUACUGUCAAACAAUUUAUUCCACUUUGCUUUUUUUAGGAUCAAUAGAACUACACUAAUAUGGGAAUGUUAUGCAAACUCAAUAAGGCAUUAGCUGUAUCUGAAACUAUACAAUGUGUGUUUUUCUCGGGGAUUUCAUAACUAAACAGGUUCUAAAUAUCUGGAAACAAUCUAUUAGAGAAAAAAGUGUACUUAAAAUCCACUUGUACUUGUUUAUGAUUUCUACUUAGCGGGAAAUAAAAUUUAAAACCUA